UAUCCUGAUUAAUUUUUAAGAAGAAAGUCAUGAUUGCGCUUUAAUUCUGCAUGAAUUGCAGUGGUUUUUUUAACUUACUCCUCUGCACAAUCUUUCAUACUACUAUUUGAAAGGCAGAGAGAGACAGAGACAGAGAGCAUUUGCAGCCGACAGUGAGGAACAUAUUUGCAGGUCUUGGCAAUAACAUCGGAUUGCUAAAACAGAAAAAACAAAAGAAAACACACACAAAAAAGGUUUGCAACUUUAUUUGGGGAGAAGAGAUAGAUCCUAAUAUGGGGGUUGUUACUAUUCCUGAGUCGAAGCAAAGUGUAUCUGGGAAAAGAGCAUUUCGACCAAGUUCCAGUAUCAGACACACUCCACAAUGGCCUGUCUCGGACGUUACGAGUGACUUAACCAUCCAAGUAGGCUCUGCCAGCUUUUCUCUCCACAAGGUAAACUUCAUUCAAGUUCAAGCUAAGCGAGAGAACUCAUUUAAAAACUCUGAUUCUCAGUUUCCUCUCGUCUCUCGGAGUGGAAGAAUCCGAAAACUAGUUCUGGAAUCAAAAGACACGAACCUGAGCCUAGCAACAGUCCCCGGCGGCUCAGAAUCGUUCGAGCUAGCAGCAAAGUUCUGCUACGGCGUUGGCUUGCAAUUCAACUCGUCUAACAUCGCGGCGCUGCGAUGCGUGGCUCAUUACCUAGAGAUGACGGAAGAGCUGUCGGAGAAGAACCUGGAGGCGAGAACAGAGGCCUACCUCAAAGACUCGGUUUUUAAUGACAUUUCGAGCUCAAUAAGUGUUCUACACUCGAGCGAGAGGCUGCUCCCUGUAGCUGAAGAGAUCAACCUGGUCGGGAGGCUGGUGAACGCAAUCGCUGUAAACGCCUGCAAAGAACAGCUAGCCUCUGGUUUGCUCAAGCUUGAUCAGAAACUGGGAGGAUGCGUCGUGAGGUUGCCGGAGACUGAGAAACCGAAACCGAAACCACCUAGUGAUGAUGAGUGGUGGGGACGCUCUCUACCGAUCCUCAAGCUAGACUUCUUCCAGAGAGUUGUCUCCGCCAUGAAGUCCAAAGGUCUCAAUCAGGAUAUCAUCAGUGACAUCCUUAUGAGUUACGCUCGCAAAUCGCUGCAAAUCAUCAGAGAACCUAAUCUCGUCAAACCCGAUUCCGAUCUCCAGAGGAAACAGCGUAUCGUCCUCGAAGCCGUCGUCGGCCUCCUCCCCACGCAAGCCAACAAAAGCUCCAUCCCUAUCUCCUUCCUCUCCACCUUGUUGAAGACCGCUAUAGGAUCUGGAACCUCCGUCUCUUGCAGAUCCGAUCUGGAGAGACGGAUCAGCCACCAGCUCGACCAGGCCAUCCUCGAAGACAUCCUGAUUCCGGCCAACAUCGGCGCCAUGUACGACACCGACUCAGUGCAGCGGAUCUUCUCCUUGUUCCUCCAUCUCGAUGAGUGCGACUACAGAGACGACGAGGACGACGACGACGAUGAUGAUGAUGAUGGAGAUGUGGUGGACGAGAGCGCGAUGGCCAUGUACGAUUUCGACGGGCCAGAGUCUCCGAAACAGAGCUCCAUCUUCAAGGUGUCGAAGCUGAUGGACAGUUAUCUCGCGGAGGUGGCUCUGGACUCGAGCCUCCCUCCCUCGAAAUUCAUAGCUCUCGCAGAGCUUCUCCCUGACCAUGCUCGCGUCGUCUGCGAUGGCCUCUACAGAGCCGUUGACAUCUUCCUCAAGGUUCAUCCACACAUGAAAGAUUCAGAGCGGUACCGUCUCUGCAAGACAAUCAGCUGUCAGAAACUGUCGCAGGACGCAAGCAGCCACGCGGCUCAAAACGAGAGGCUUCCGGUGCAGAUUGCGGUUCAAGUCCUGUUCUACGAACAGACGCGGCUCAAGAACGCAAUGACAAGUGGCGGUGGCACAGCAGGGGGUUCGAGCCAAAGCCAGUUCUUCUUGUUUCCGAACCGCUCGGGAAGCGGGAUGGCAAGCGGAGCGAUCUCGCCGCGGGACAACUACGCGUCGGUGAGGAGAGAGAACAGAGAGCUGAGACUGGAGGUGGCCAGGAUGAGGAUGAGGCUAACGGACCUUGAGAAGGAUCAUGUUUCGAUGAAGAAAGACCUGGUAAAGCCGAGCCGGAGAAGGCCUAGUUAUGGGAUGUUUAGGAAGCUCUCCAGAGGUCUGAACAAGUUGAACGCUUUCGUUUUAAGAUUCAGGAGCAGCCAAAGUGCUGCCGGUAACGGUAAGCAUACGGACGAGAAAACGGUUUCGGAAAGACGAUUCAUGUUUCAGAAGAGGAGAUGUCACUCUGUUUCUUGAUUUUUUUUAUUUUUACUAUCUAAUUUGAUGCUUUGUUGAGUGUGUAAAUUUUGUAAUUUGCAGAUUCUAGAUAUUUUAAUUAGAGUAAAAUCUUCCCAAGUUUGGAAGCUUUUCUUGUAAUAAUGUUUACUACUACUAACAUACUAUAUAGCAUUUGUCGUUGUUGAUGGACCAAGACCAUAAUAAGGAAAAGUUGAAAAACAUUUUCACU